AUGGCUACUGACCCAGGAGAGCCCACAGGCACCGAGGACUCCUCGGAGAAACCUGAUGGGCAGAGGGAGGAGGACACGGAGCGGGAGGGCAGGGCCGACCCACAGAGGGAGAGGACAAACAGCAACCCCUCGGACUUCGAGGAUGAGGAGAACCUAGUCAGGCCGAUUUCAUCCUCCACGCCCUCCUUACCAGUCGACACUGGCCAGAAACGACUGAGGAGGGAGAAGCGCUUCUUCAGGAAGAGUGUGGAGAUUUGUGAGGAGGACGAUGAGGUGGAGGUGACCCCAGAGGCGCCCCACAGCGCCCCUCACCUGGAGCUGUGCUCCUCAGACUCAGUCUUCACCAGCAGUGCCCAGCAGCAAGGGGCUGCUUCAUCCUUUGCUGCCAUAGGCCAUGACCCAUCCUGCCCCAGCUCCACCCAGGAGCCGGGCAAGGACGCACCUUCCUCCACACCCACCCAGAGGGGGAAGGAGAGGGAUCGUGAGCAGGAGGAGGAGGCGGAGAUGAAAGCUGUCGCCACUUCUCCUGGAGGCAGGUUCCUCAAGUUUGAUAUUGAACUGGGCAGAGGAGCCUUCAAGACUGUGUAUAAAGGCCUGGAUACAGAGACUUGGGUGGAGGUGGCUUGGUGUGAACUACAGGACCGCAAGCUGACCAAAGCAGAGCAACAACGCUUCAAGGAGGAGGCCGAGAUGCUGAAGGGGCUCCAGCACCCCAACAUCGUCCGCUUCUAUGACUCCUGGGAGUCUGUGCUCCGUGGGAAGAAGUGCAUCGUUCUAGUCACUGAACUCAUGACUUCAGGAACACUCAAAACUUACCUGAAGCGCUUUAAAGUGAUGAAACCCAAGGUCCUGAGGAGCUGGUGUCGGCAAAUCCUGAAGGGCCUUCACUUCCUUCACACCAGGACUCCUCCAAUAGUCCACCGAGACCUUAAGUGUGACAACAUCUUCAUAACAGGCCCCACAGGCUCGGUCAAGAUUGGUGACCUGGGACUGGCCACUCUUAUGCGAACCUCCUUUGCCAAGAGUGUCAUAGGAACGCCAGAGUUCAUGGCUCCAGAGAUGUAUGAGGAGCACUAUGAUGAGUCUGUGGACGUCUACGCCUUCGGGAUGUGCAUGCUGGAGAUGGCCACUUCAGAAUACCCCUACUCUGAGUGCCAAAAUGCUGCUCAGAUCUAUCGCAAAGUCACAAGUGGUAUAAAGCCAGCCAGCUUUGAUAAAGUGAAUGACCCAGAAAUCAAAGAGAUCAUAGAAUUCUGUAUUCGUCAGAACAAGAAUCAGAGACUCUCCAUCCGAGACCUCCUGAACCACGCUUUCUUUGGGGAGGACACAGGGGUCCGGGUGGAGUUGGCAGAAGAGGACACGGGCACCCAGGACUGUCUGGCUCUCCGGAUUUGGGUUGAAGAGCCCAAGAAGCUAAAGGGGAAGCAUAAAGACAACGAGGCCAUCGAGUUCAGCUACGACCUGGAGAAUGAUAGCGCUGAGGAAGUGGCUCUGGAGAUGGUGAAGUCAGGAUUCUUCCAUGAGAGCGAUGCCAAGGUGGUUGGAAAAUCCAUCCGGGACCGUGUAAAUCUGAUCAAAAAGUCGCGGGAGCGUCGACAACAGCAGCUUCUUCAGCAGCAGCAAGGCUUGGAAGAAAAAAGAGACCCCUCUCUCACCUCCUACACCACUUCUCAUCCAUCCUGCCCAUCCUCACUGGGGCCAGGGGCACCUGGACAGACCGGAGGAGGAGGAGGAGGAGGAGGAGGAGGGCAGGAGUCUGAGGAGCUGCCUGAAGUGGACCAGCAUGUCAGGCAGCAACAUAUUUUCAGUGGGACAAACCUUAGUCUGCCAGCACCCAUUAAUGUUCCCACUACAUCCAUGUCAUUCAAUGAUCCGGCUGGACUAGGGGGGACCAUGGUGCCCCUCGCUCAGCAGACCCAACCCACUGCCACUCCCAUGCAGCUCACUGACAUCAUUCCCCAGGCAGCACCCCAGCAAACACAGCCUGCCAUGAUCCCUCAGCAGACUAUUGUCCAACAACAACAGAUAGGGAUGGAUCCCCAGACCACCACCCUUCAGCAGCAGCAACAGCAAAUGGAGGCCCAGGCCACUCUGCUCGAACAACAACAAGUUAGUGCGAAUCAGCCACCAACGGGACAUUAUCCACAGAGCCUUUCAGCUGUAGCUGUCCAGAAACAUCAACAUGAGCCUCAGCAGCAGAUCUAUGUACAGCAGCCUGUUCCUCCUGUCAACACAACUCCUCAGCAGCAAGUAUUACCUUCACAACCUGGUAUGGAGCAGCGAGCUAUGUCAUUGCCACAGCAAGGGGAGCUGCCUCAGACUUACAAACAGCAACCAACAGGGGAUCCUCAUGAACAGACCUUGAUACAACCGCAACUGCAACAACAGCUUCAGCAAACUCUGUUACAACAGCAACAAGCUAUACUGCUCGAGCAACAUCAGACAUACGUCCAGCAACAGCUUGAUCAGCAGCAACAAAAAGCACAGCUUCAACAGCAGCAGCAACAACAGGCCCUACUACAACAACAUCAACUGGACCAGCAGCAAGCAUUUAUACACAAGCAAUUGUUGGAUCAACAACAGCAGCAAGCUCUUAUUCAACAGCAACAAGAGAAGCAGCAGCAACAGCAAGGUCUUCAUCAGCUACAACAGAAAGCUCAGCUACAGCAACAGCAACAUGAGCAGCAACAAGUGCAACUCAAACAGCAGAUAGAGCAGCAACAGCAAGCUCUGUUGCAACAACAGUUCGAGCAACAGCGUCAGCAACAAGUCCUGUUACAACAUCAACAAGCAGAGAGAUUACACCAACAGGCUUUUAUACAGCAACAGAUCCAGGAGCAGCACCAACAAGCAGCCAUUAUUCAACUUCAGCAAACUGAGAAGACGGAGGCUGUCCCUAUUCCACAAAGUAACAGUAAGCAGCAGAUUCAGCAGCAGCCAACUGAUGUGCAGCACAUGUGCAACCCAAAACUAAACGCCACUCAGUUUACACCUCAUACCGCUCUGACGCAGCAGCAAGUGAUGGAGCAACAGCAGCAAGCAGCAUUGAUCCAGCAGCAGCAAGCAUUUGUUGCCCAGCCGCAGCACCACACCUCUAUAAUGGAACCUCAUAUUCCAGCCGGCACCGAAGUGAUUCAGCAACAAACUCAACAGUUACCACAGGCCCAGGUCCCCAUGGGCAUUCAGACUGCGCACAUCCCUGUUCAGACAUCCGCUGCUGUUCCAGCUCAAGUCCUUACCCAGCAAGGACAAAGUGAGGCUCGUCCCCAGAGCCAGGUCCCAGUCCAGUUUAUAGCCCAGUCAACAGUCCAAGCAGCUCAAGCUAUGAUUGAGGCCCAAGUAUCUCCUCCUGCGCCAGUGAUCCAGCAACAGACUCACGUCAUACAGACCCAACAAAUUCCUCUACAGACUAGUUACCCAGGACCUGCCCCACUCUCACAGAGCCAGGUAACUGCUCAGCCAUUAAUCCAGACUCAGCCUCUGCACCUGACAAUUGGUCAGUCCCAGCCGCCACAUGCUCAGGGCCCAACUGUGGACAUUCAGAUGAUGGGCCAGCAAAGCCAAGCUACUGUCCAUCCUCCAGCUGCAAUUACCUCAAUGCCCAGUCAGAUCCAACACGAGACUCUUGUUCAGCAAAAUGCUCAAAUACCAGGACUCAUGCAGCCCCAGCUCCAUCAACAAACUCAAGGCCCGUCACCUUGCCAGAUGCAUGCUCAGGCUCCUGCUGGCCUUUCGACCCCUCAGUAUGUCUCUCAGCCGACCCACCAAGCCAUGCCAGCUGUGCAACAGGAUGCAACUCAUAUUACACAACAGCAGCAGCAACAAGAGACAGUUCUGCAGUAUCAACAGAUGAUUCUGUCUUCUGGCUCAGCUGGAAGUGUUGGAACAACAACAGAUCAUUGUCUCAAUUCUGUAGCUGACCCUGCAAACUUUGUUGCCAUUCCUCAUCCUCUGCCGCAGGCUGGACAGGUCUAUGUUCAAGGCCAAACAACACCACAUCCAGUUGUUCAGGCCCAGCAGCAACCCCUAGGAGGCACUGCUGACUCUUCAGUCGUUCAGUCCAUCUCCAAGCCUCCUAUGCCUCAGUCUACUCUGCAAUACCAGCAACAGCUACAGAAGCUAUCUCAAGUGCAGCAACCACUAGCUCCGCCUCCUGCACAGGCCCAGUUACUGGCACAGCCCAUCCAAGCUCCCAUACAGCAACCACUUCCUAUGCAGCAGGCUUUGAUAGCCCUUGACGAGGGUCAGCUGCCCCGUGUCCAGUGUCCACCUGCUUCACAUCUGAUGACCCAUCCUUCUGCACAGAUAGUGGCAGGCGCCCCUCCAUCUGUGCAGCACCAAGCCAAGCAGAUGCUUCCAGCUCACACACACUCACAAACCAGCAUUCAGGGCCAAACAAACUCUCAAAUGCAGACACAAGUUCAGACACAAGUUCAGACGCAGGCUCAUUUUCACACACAGACACACACUGAGGCACCUAUUGCUGAACAGCCUGUUCUACCCCAUGCUGUCUUGCUGCUGGCACAACAAAUGCCCCUCAGCCCGUCUCAUACCUCAUGUCCCCCAACAUCCCUACCAUCUCUUCCAUUCCUACCAUCCCACCAUCCCGCUGCUUUCCCUGUGCCAGAGCUGCCUACAUCUCCGCCAGCGUCCGAGGUAACCUUACCAGGGCAGGCCGACUUUAUACCCACCUCCCCUCCUCCUGUCACUGCUCUACAAUCGCUUGACUCUAAUGCCCCCAAACUGCCCCAAGCCUCGCUCCAAGACUGUGACCUUUCCCUGCUGGGCAUUGCUCAGGAUGGUCCGUACCUGUCAAGUACAGAAGGUCAUUAUUCAUUAGGGUCUGUUCCAGCUAACGGAGAAGAAAGUUUUCAGCUCUUAGCCAAUGGGAAGUUAGAGAAAUUAAAGACUCAAAGAAGGGCUUCCUGUCAGAGGUUGGAGAAAGUUUCACAUCAGUUUCAACUGAGCAUGCUCCAGGUGUCAGGCAGUGGGGACAACAUGGUGGAAUGCCAGUUGGAAACCCAUACCAACAAGAUGGUGACAUUUAAGUUUGACAUUGAAGGGGAUGCACCAGAGGACAUAGCAGACUACAUGGUGGAGGAGGACUUUGUCCUUGGGGAAGAGAAAGAAACAUUUGUUGAAGAGCUUAGAGGCAUAGUUAAGAAAGCUCACGAAAUUCUUCAAACACAUUCACAGACUGGAUCAACUGACCAGUUGCAUGUGAGCACUCCCACUAGCUCUUCAGCGGACUCAGUGCCCCAUUCCUCUCCAGUGGGACGCUGGCGCUUCUUUAUCAACCAGACCAUCCGCCAUAGAGACUCUCUAUCAAGUCAGGGAGCAGGAACGCCUCCACCCACUACAGAGAUGAGGAUACCUCAGUCUCCUACAACAGAGAGAGAAAGUGAAGGAUCCCUGAGUCUGGAGUCCUUGACAGGCAUGGCCUUUCCCCCCUGCCCCACCCUUUCUGCCACCUCCCCUCCAGUCUCCACUGUCUCAGCCCCUGCCUCAAUGGUCCCCUCAGCCACCACUAACCCGACUCCUCACACAACUGCCUCUGAAAGCAUUUCUGCACCGGCCUCCACUCUCGAGGCUUCUUACCCUGUAACUGCUCCAGGUGGUCUUGAACUGCCAGUCCUCACCUCGGCUUCUGUUGACCAAUUUCGCAAUGUUCCCUCAUCCAUAGCAAUACCUGCUGCUGCUAACUUCCCCAACUUGUCCACUGCUCCUAUUGUUGUGUUUCCCGCACCCACCACCAUUCUCCCUGAUGUCCUCACAUCUCCUGGAAGCAGUGGUUGCUCCACUGUAGGUCAAAGUAUAGGGGAUACAGUGACAACUGCUCAAAGGUCAUGUGUGCCUGCAGCGGACCAGUCGUCAACCUCUUUUCAUUCCCCUCCUCCUGCUGCUGCAGUGACCUCUUCUGCAGUAAGCCAACUUGGCAUGGAACAGCAGCAGACUCUCGCUCAGGGGGCCAAGCCAGCCCCACAACAAGCUCAACUACCGCAGCCACAACUACAACCUGCAUUACAGCAACAGGUACCAGUAGUUCAACAGCAACUGCAGGCAGAGCAGCUUGAACAACAGGCACAACAGUUACAGCGGGAAACACCACAGCAACAACAGCAAUCCCAACAUCAAGUGUACCAAGAACAAAUUCAGCUGCAGCAGGAACGGGCUCUGCAACAGUCUCUCCAGCAGUUACAACAUCAGCAACUAAUGCAGCAACAGAUACCACUUCAACAACAGAUGGCUGAGGUGCAGGUGUUGCCUCAGACCAGACAUACAGAGUUGUUACAGUCUGCGCCUCUUCAGCAGUUUCUGCCACCAAUGUCCCUACAGCAGACCCAACAACCCCUUCUCCAACAGCAAACACCACAGUAUACCCCACAGUUACUGCAGCAGCCUCAGUUACAACAGAUACCGCAGCAAGUUAUGGCACCCCAAGCUGCUGUAGUGCCUCAACAGCAGGCCCACAUUGAUCCCCAGCAGCAGCAACAGUUGAACCUGCAACAGACAAUACACUUCCAGCAACAGCAAAUGGUGCAACAGCAGCUACAGCAGCAGCAACAUCAGCUGUUUAUGGGUGCUGAUCAAGGCCAAAUGCUACCCCUGUCAAUUAGUCAACAGUUUCUUCAACAACAGGCACAGCUAAGUGUUAACCCUGUACAGCAACAGCAGAUUCCACAACAAACCCAGAGCCCUGCUGAGCUGGUACAACAACACAUACAGUAUCAGAAACAGCUGCAACACACUGAGCAGCAACAAGAGAUGGUUCAAGCCGUGGACACACCCCAGAAACAGCAGCAGCUCCCACUGCAGAAGCAGUCCUCUUUACAGAUAUCCGAGUCAGAGGCGUCCACGGGAGAGACCAGUUUUACAGAGGACACAUGCAGCUACUCCACCCCUUUUCACCCUUCCUCCGACUCCUCUCUCCCGCCUCUUCAACUGGCCACCACUGAAGCCCCCGUACCAGCUCUCUCCCUCCCAAUGACACCAUCCCCUGCUCAGCCUUCCUCUGUGGCCGAGUCAGACAGUGAAGGCCCCCCCAAAAUUGAAUUUGUAGACAAUCGCAUAAAGACUCUGGAUGAAAAGCUGAGGAACUUGUUAUAUCAGGAGUACAGCAGCGGGGCGGCCCCGGCCUCUGGCCCCACAUCGGCUGCCUCCACAUCAGCAGGAGGAGACGAGUCAUCUGAGCCACAAUCGCUCCAUCACUUGUCUUUCCACCCACCUGCCUCCUCUUCCGAUACUUCCCCUCACUCAUCAUCCUCCUCUUCUUCCCCCACCACCUCCCGUUCCUCCUCUACCUCCCCUGACCCAGAGAGAGAUGGCACAGGAGGGAAAGCUUUCUCAGAAGUGCCCAACUUUGCGGAGAUGGGCCCCGUGGAGCAACAGCCUGGCCCAUCUGUUCCCUCCACCUCUGCCUCGUCCACCCCGCCUACCUCUCUCCUGCCUCCCAAUCAGGAUGAAUCGGCUGGGCCCCAGCGUCCACCUGUACCAGGAGAACCGACCAUACUUGCUGUACCCCCACACUCUGACACCAGUACCACUGGAGACGCAUCGUGGCCCCCCAAUCAGCACCCGAUCCCCCUCCGGCAUGGACACCAGAAGCACAAUGCAGGAGGUGGAUAUUUUGGCCUAAACCUGACAUGUCCUAGUAUCAGAAAUCCUGUUAGCAAGAAAUCCUGGACUCGCAAAUUCAAAAACUGGGCAUGCAAACUGCGCCACUCCGCCAGCUUGUUCAAGAAGCCCAGAGUCCAGCAAGACGGAAGUUCCAGCAGUCAGACACUUAGAGAGGAGAAGGAGGCACCACCGCCAAAUCCACCUCAUUCACGCAAAGGACGAUUUCAGGUGACUCCAGUGACCCAGUCCUCUCCCCCGAAGGCUGCGCCAUCAGGCCACGUUAGCUCUCACAGGAAAGUGGGCCGCUUCUCUGUAACCCAGGCUGAGACUAAGAAAGAGGACAGGCAUACUGACAGCUCCCCUGUGUCUCCUGUUUUGGAGAGGGAGAGAAGGAGAUCUCGGGCAAAGGACAGCGAGAAAGAUGAAAGUAAGAGGACCCCAGCAAUGGCUCACCUGCCUCGAGGUCACGGACACAGCCACUCACCCCUGGGCAGCAGCGAUGAUGACGAUGAGUGUGAGAUGGAGGAUGAAGACCUCAGAAAAGAACUACACAAGCUCAGAGAGAAGCACAUCAAAGAAGUGGUAUCCCUUCAGUCCCAGCAGAACCGAGAGCUGCAGGAGCUGUACAGACAGCUGCGUUCCCUCAAAGACCAGCGGCAGAGUCUGCCUGUCUCUCUGUCCCGAAUGACUCCUCUUCCCACGGGACCUCCUCUCCUCUCUCCUCGAAGGCCCAGGCCUGCCAAAAUGAAACUCCGGCCCCGGCCUCACUCUCACAUGGAUAACAACGGAGUUACACACUCUGGGAUUCAGCAGUCAAGUAGUUUCUCGGGUGGUGAACAGAGUAGACUGCUUCUAUACUGCAGCCCAGAGCACUGCACUUCACUGCCUGCUAAAAGAGAUCACAGUCCUCUUAGAAAAAGCACAUUCACAGAUGAACUGCACAAGCUGGUUGAUAAUUGGACGAAGGACGCGGUGGGCCCCGCUCUGCCCAAGCCUUCGCUGAAUCAAAUUAAGCAGAUUCAGCAGGUGCAGGAGUUGGGAGGCUGGAGCCAGCCGGCUGAGGUGGCUCCACCAGGUUGGUUUUCAGUUGCACCACUGAACCCCGCGGCACCUCCGACCCCUACCAGCUUGCCUGUGGCAGCCCCUUCCCAAUACACAGGCGGAGGAAGCCUGUCCAACCUGCACUCUCCGGGGGCCCCACCGCAAACGCACAUGGCUCAAGUUCCACAGAUGCAGCAAAGUUUACACCUCCAUCAGUCUCUCCCCCUCCAGCAGAUGACCUAUCAGCAGUCCCAAAUCCAGCAGGUCCCGCAGCCCCAGGUGCAACCUCCCGUUCAGUCCCAGUCACUAUCACAGACACAACCCGUCACCCAGCUGCCCCAUUUACAACCUCAAGGCCAACCGCUGCUGCCUUCCCAAAUGCCCACAUCUCCGGUGUCCACGGCCACGUCUCUGCUGCAUGGCAGUGGCACCACUGCACCUACAGAUAGCACGGCUGCUGCUGGGGGGGCAUUUUGUUCCUGUUCUUCUUCUUCAACCUCUUCCUCCUCUUGCUCUACUGCUGCUCUACCUUCCAGUGCCAAAAUUCACCCAACACCCCAAACCUCUACUCUUCCUCUGGGACAGAAGUAAAACCAAGGUAAAGAGUAAGGUCAAUAUGAAGGUGCAAAAGAUGGAAACACUAAGUGGAUCAGGAUGUAAAGCAGAUCCCUUUGGAGUGCUUGUUCUGUGUAUGAAUGAGGGAGUUGAGUCUGCAAUGAAUAUAUGGAUUCCAGUGUACUUUAUGAUGAGAUGGGGAGUGAAUGUGAGAGACGAUAGAUUAUAGUAUGUACAGACAGUGGGGGUAACAUGGAACACAGCGGCUGGGGUUUAUGAAUCAUGAUAUGUUUGGGUGUUGAGAUGUAUAAAUUCUUAAAUGAAUGAGUGUGUGUGUGUGUGUUUAUGUGCGUGAGUGUUUAUUGAGUAUCCGAGUACAUAUCCCUUUUGUCCCUUUAUGGAAAUUAACCUUCAUGUUUUUGUUUUCAAACCGAGACAGUUGGACCUGAACUCUCCCUAAGCAGAGACAAUAAGGACAAAAUAUUUGACAGUGUGUUUAAUUUGUCAAUGCUUACAGUAAAAGGACUAUCAAUUUAAAAAGUGCAAUUAGUAAUGGUCAUCUAAAUUGAUCAGCAUGUAUUGUAUGGAUUUGUCUGUAAGGCAUAAAAUAUUUUUGUAAAAGCACAUUGAUGAAAACCAGACAUAUAGAAGAUCUUCUCAUAACCAUUUCAUGAAACUCUAGGCCUACAGCACAGGGCGUUUCAGUGGACAAUGAAUAACCCACAGCAUGUUAGUAGAGAAAGGCAAAGUUCUGGUUACAGUCAUUGCAAAAAGCAACCAAACACACUGUUGCAGUGUUGUUCAGCAUGUGCUUCAUUUUUAUUAAUUUGUUUUGCACUCGUAACACAGUGAGUGAUGUGAUAAAAUUCAGAUAAAUUACUGAUAUGAAAUAUUUCAUCUGUGUUCUGUGGAUACUUGGGUACACUCAGCCCAAGACUGCAUGACCUCAUGACUAACUUGACUUGCCAGACUGCACACAGCUUGAACUUGCUGUAUAUUGAUGAAUCUCAUAUUUAGUAUUUGCAGCCUACUGAGAAUUUGUCAGUCAUGAGUAAAUUGUCUUUCAAUACAUUUGAUAUUUUCGCUUGCUGUUCGGGCUCUGCAUAUCAAAGUAUAUCACAGUGUCAUACUGAGGAAGAAGAUGAAAAAGAAAAAAACUGCCAAGUAUUGCCAUUAUUGUCUGGGGAGACCAUAUGGGUUAUACCCAUAUUGCCUUUUUAAAAUGACUGCAUUUUUUGUGGGUGUGUGAGUGUAUAUUUUUUCGGUGUGACAAAGCUUUGUGAUAGUCGCUUUUAUUCAAAGCGGCCUCUCAAACGUCUCUUUACCCAAACUAAAAUGUUUACCCUGCCAAUGUUUUGGGCUUGUUUCGUCAAGAAACACAACAAGUGAGAGGUUAGUCCGUAUAAUGGAUGUAAGCUUGAUGUCCAACACUGUUUUCAGAUCCUCUCUUGCCUAUUUGCCAACUUUAUUUGGCACUGGACAAAUUCCUUGUUUCAAUUGUAAACUAUUUAGUCUUUGACCAUAAGGCUGUCAGUUUGAAUGCAUAACUGUGGGCCAUAAUUGUGCUUUAAGCACAUUGCAAAAGGUUUACUCAAGUCAGAAAUGUCCCAUUUCUCUAUUCUUAAGCACUUAAUUUGUAGAUGUAGAGACACAGAGUAAUAUAUCAGCAGUGGAUAUAUUACUGCACAUUUUAUUUGGUCAUCAGUGCGAUUAUCCAAACACACAUUUGACCAACAACAGUCAGGCGUUAAUACACUCUUUGACAUAAUAGGUAGCCUGUAGACAAAGCAGCAUUUGUGUUUUAUUAAUGAUAGAAAGACUGUGUGACACUGAAAAAAAAAACCCAGAUCGUUCUGGUAGUUGAAGACUGCUACAUGUGAGUCAGAGACAUUUAAAACAUGAAUGGUUAGGGAGGAGGAGUUUGUGCUAAAGGGUACGGUUAUUCAGAAACUGCAUAAUCUAGAAUAUAACAAAGAUUUUCCACAUUGUCACAGAGAUGUAGUUCAUAAUUAGUGAAGGUGAGAUACUGUGCUGUCAUGUCUGAUACUAACAUGUUGACUGCAAGCUACAGCCUAAUAAUCAUGAUUCAUGAUGUGGAGCUGGCUUUGUCCUUGAAGUGUUACCAAAAUGUUAUCUACAAGAUAAAGAUUAUUUUUGUAUUUUGAAAUGGGGUUGUACAAAUUGUAAUAUUGUGUUCACAUUAUUAUAAAUCUGAGGUUCUUUGAAACUAGAACACUGGUUUUCAUCCGUGUUUACAUGGGACUUCCCUAUCUUGAUAUACCUCUCUGAGUCCUGACAGGCCAGGGUCAUAUAAGAAUAUAUUAUGAGACGUUUUGGUCAUUUUUGACAUCUUAUUCCAGUUUUGAACCAUGACAACCUGAAAGAUACAUAACAUACUUACAUGAGUUUUCCUAUUAGGCUGCAGGUCGGAUUUAAUUCACUCACAAAUUAAUAUAACAAAAUACUGGGGAGUCCCACGAUGGCAUGACUGAGAACCAAUGAUAAAUGGACAUUUGGGCAGAGAAACCUCUAAAAAAUUAAGUAUGUUGCUGGUGAUUUAGCCUCUGUAAAUUGCAACUAAUUCAACUGUUGAUUUUAUUUAUGUUUUGUAACUAAUCAAAAUAAAUGAUGUUAAACAUCAAAGUAAAA